AUGGCGCACAACUCGGCACAUGGGACCCGGCGCUUAACUGUGUUACGUGAUCCGCCGGGUCCGGUGCUAAGGUCAAGCGAUCGCCGCCAUCCACAGAGUUUAUCGCCAUCCACCUCAACGUUACUGCCCCGCGUAGUCCUGAACCGCAUCGAUCCCCAUGAGUUUGAGCGCAUUCGAGUUUCGUACAAGGUUGCCAUCCGAAGCACCCGCUGCAGUCGUACUAAUAGCGGGGCUCACCCUGGCAUGAACAUGGGCAAAAAGAUCAGUGGAGGUGUCAAAACGGUCAGCAGCCGUGACCAACCAUCGCCCUUUAUCCCGAAGAUCCCGCGCGAACUGGCGGCGCACUUCCAGCGUCCGGCCCGACUUGAUCUCCUGCUCGAUAUGCCACCGGCCGCUCGCGAAACGCCGAUCAAAUACUCCUGGAACUCGGAGGACCGCUCGCUCAAUGUGUUUGUGAAGGAGGACGACAAGAUGACAUUCCACCGGCACCCGGUGGCACAGAGCACAGACUGCAUACGGGGCAAGGUGGGCUUCACCAAGGGACUGCACGUGUGGGAAGUGUUCUGGUCGACGCGGCAGCGAGGUACACAUGCUGUGAUCGGUGUUGCCACAUCCGAGGCACCACUCCACUCCGUAGGUUAUCAAAGUCUGGUCUGUUCGAACGACCACAGUUGGGGCUGGGACUUGGGGCGCAAUAUGCUGUACCACAAUUCAAAAACCUGCACCGGCGUCACGUACCCAGCGAUACUUAAGCCAGACGAGACCUUCCUAGUGCAGGACAAAUUCCUAGUAGCGUUAGACAUGGACGAGGGAACGCUCAGUUUCAUCGUCGACGGUCAGUAUCUGGGGGUGGCAUUCCGGGGGCUCAAAGGACGAAAGCUCUACCUACCCGAUCGUGUCCGCAGUCUGGGGGCACUGCGAAAUCACCAUGAAGUACAUCGGUGGCCUCGAUCCUUUAUCGUCUUCCUGCAAUCCACCAUAGAUGAAUUCAGCUCUAAUCUGAUAAAUCAGUCGUGCAACCAAUCCAUUUACGAAGUGGAGGCAAUCCGACAUUUUGAAUGCAAUCAUCGUUGCAGUGGUUCAACACAUCAGAGAUUUAAAAGCCCUUAUAAGCUAUGAGAUUGGAGACGCGUUCCUUUUGUACAGGCCAUUUUGCUAUUAUUUUCUUUUGCCUUCAAGUUGUGAAGGCAUGUACCGGCGGAUGAGAUCAGUACAGCCGGAUAGGAAGAUGACCCGAUACGGUCUAUCAAAAGGAUUGGUACAAACAAAUGCUGGAACAAAUCCAGUCUAGGGCUCUAUUGCAGCAUCGGAACAAGCCACAAGUAUGCGGAUGCGGCCAAGGCAAGUCUCGUCAUCAGUGAACUGACCUUACACGAGACCCGCAGUAAGCUGAGCAGAAGGGCACGGCUAGCCAAGUAGUAGACAUCUGCAAACAGGGUGCAAAACGGGUUCGACAUGAUAAACCGCCUUGAGAUUGUUCGCCAAGAUGACAACUUUAAGCCACUGGUGCCCUCCGAGUCCGACCACCGCUGCCCUAGUUUGAACGGUUCGAAUUGGUGGUGCCAGUGUCAUUGCUCUUCUUAAUUUCGAAGGCUCACCACCGCCUCACCAACCAAAGCCUACAUCGCUCUUCAACCAAGGCCCAUAACAGCUCGAUGCUGUCUUAGCAGUUUAAUGAGCCCAAUCUAUGAACCUAUCGCCAUACCCGUUAUUACCAGUCCAAUUAAACUGGACGAAUCCGGCACACCGUCCCUACAAGUAGCCUGGUCGAACAUUUCAAGUGGAUAGACACUGUUUGUGUCAUGUUCUACAACCGCAAAAAUUGAAAUAGAAAUCUUAAUAGAAAAUGUUUAAGGUGCUUAUACAACAAAGACACAAAUCGGCCAUCUUGGAAACCA